CGCCCGGAGAUAAUGACCUACACUCCAUCUUUCAGGGAGGGAACCCUUCCUCCAAGCCAUCCGAGCCACUAGUAAAGAGACCCCGGCUGCCCAAGAAAACUCCUCCUGCCUCUGGGACAACCUCCAAAUCCCCUUCCAAGGGGAGAAGUCAGACCCCCGCAGCCACGGAGAAUAUGCCUCCACCUUCCCAACGACACCUAGCCCCUGCUCGGGAACAGGUGGCACUAGCUAGAACUCUGCCAGUCCCCACUCCCGCCGUGCGUGUCCCGGUUAAUGCCCAAGAUCUGGAGGAAAUCCCAGACACCUUCUGGGGAAUGGUCUAUGAGACUGCGAGCUAUACGGUGGAGCAUUUUUACAAGGCCAAUCCGAAGGACUUGAGGGAGAUCGAGGCGAGGAGCCCCGAGAAUGUCAUAGAGUCCGCGGUGGGGAUGAACCUCACGGUGACUUUGGCCCUAUACUGCAGCGUAGCUCGGUCUAGGGCCAGGAAUGAUGAGCUCAGGGGCGAGCUCCAGACUGCUCAGGCCGCUGCCCAGGUCGCCCUCGCAACUGCUCAACAACAAGAGCAAAGUGCCAAGGCUGCCUUGACGGCUGCCCAAGAAGGAGAGCAGGCUGCGCAGGCCUCCUUGGCCACUGUGAAGGCUGAGCUCGUGGAGGCCAGGGCAAAGCAGCUGGAGGCCGAGGCCGCCACCAAGGCAGAGAAGGUGUCCUCCAGCUCCUCCAUGGAGGCCAUGCUCUACCACUGCUGGGCCUUCAACCAGGACGGAAACUUCUCUUUCCUGGCCCCCGAGGUGUGGGAGCCUUAUCUCGAGAAGUUCAAGGCUCGUCUUCAACAUGAGCCGCCUUCUGAGACUGGGGAGACCUCUGCUGUCGGCGAGCAAGAAACCGAGGAGGUGACUUCUUCGGGGCAUCCUGGGGAGUCCUAGUUUAUUAUUUUUUGUUUAAAGAACCUCUUUCUCUUUUCUUUUGUAACCUACCAUUUUUGGCUUGACACGAGGUUAUUUUCCUCGAGACAAUUCGUCUGUACUUUUAAAUAUAUAUUUUUCAAUUAGUCCUUGAUUUUGAUUAU